AUGCUGCAUCAGCUGCUAUACACAAUCAUCCAGCUGCUGGAGCGGGCGGGCCUGCACACCCACCUCGAUGCGCCGGUGGAGCGUGCUGGUGCCUUUGCCCUGGGCAUGGUGCUGCUGGAUGUGAUCAUCAGCCACGGACCGCAAAAGGGCCUGCUGCUGCGUCUAUUCCGGCAGGGCCCGCCGGGCACGAAGGAGGCCCGCCGCUUCCUAUCCCAGCUGGCGGCCAAGCUGGUGGGCAUGGUGUUCCUGUCCGCCAUCUUCCCGCUCGCCUUUGCCGUGCUGCUGGGCGAGCCCGCGCUGCGCGCCGCGCCGUUUGUGGGCACCAGCCCCACCUCCCAGCGCAUGGUGGAGGUGGCCUCAGGCUACUUCCUCUACGACAUCGUGCUGUGCAUGCUGAAGUACAGCGACAACGGCUUUGAGUUCCUGCUGCAUGCCGUGGUCUGCUCCUGCGUGUACACCAUCGCCGCCAUGCGGGGCGUCAUGCACUACUACGGCGCCGCGUUUCUCAUGUGGGAGCUCAGCACGCCGGCCAUGUACACGCGGUGGCUGAUGCUCAAGGCGGGGCUGGGCAGCAGCGCUGCAAUGCCGCUGGUCAACGCGGCCUUCAUGCUGGCCUUCUUCGGCUGCCGCGUCGUCUGGGGCCCCAUCAUGACGGUGGAGUUUUGGCGGGACAGCGCCGGGCAGCUGCUGGCGGCGUCCCCGGCGCUGCCGCCGGCUGCCAUCUGGGUCGUCAGGGUGAUGAGCAUCGCCCUCAACCUGCUGAACUACUACUGGUUCGCCACGAUGGUGAAGCUGGCGGUGAAGGGCAAAACCAAGACCAAGGUGGUGUGA